UCCAGGACUGUGAACACUGUUCAUCUCUGAUGCUGCUUUUUGUUAAGACCUAAAUCUGUUUACAUUAACUGAUCGGUUUUAGUUUAUUUUUUCGUAUAUCUGUAAUUAUCAAAAAUGAGCUCUGAGGUUUUAGUUCCUCGGCCACACUAUGACAGCAGAGCUGUGGCUUUGGGGGUUCCAGAGAAGGAUCCACCUGUAGAGAUCCCACAGCCGUCCUCGGGCUCAGCCACCGCGGGGUACCGCUCCGCUAAAUACACCCCGGCUGAGUGGUUCUCCAACUACCACACCAUCCUCCAACAGGCUGGUACCGACCGCUACCAGGCCCGGAGCAUCCAGCGAGAGUCCAAAACUCUGUCCCAGGACACCGAGGCAGCCACUUUGCAGACCCAGGCCGAGGGAACGCGUCUAUUGGGAGAGAGACUACAAGAGAUCCACUACUGGAAGUCAGAGCUGCAGCGGCACAUCGAUCAGCUGCUGGCCGACACCGAGUCACUACUGGGGCUGAAGAGGCGGCUGGAGAAAGCGCUGGACGCCACUGAGACUCCGUAUGCCAUCGCCACCGACAAUCUGAACUGCAGGACAAGAAGACUGGGACCAGACCUGGUCAAAGACUCUGUGGAGGAGGAGCUGUUAAAGGAAGUGGACCUGAUCAGGAGCGUGCAGGCUCUUCUCAAGAGAACUACAGCUCAGGUUGUCACUCAGAUCAAGUUGAACAGAGAGUCCAAGCAGACGUUAGAGUUGGACUGGUCUGAUAAGUACCAGGCCUACAACUUUGACGACCACUGUGGAAGAUACAGUAACAUGAGUCCAGAUACUCAGCGUCACCCCAGCUCAGCCGCCAUGCAGGAUCAGGUGUGUAACCCCACAUCGUGGACAAAGUUUACACAGGACAACCUGAGCAAGGCUUUGCAGGAGGAACAGGCCACCCACAGUCUCAGGCUGCUGGUGGAGCGAGUGCUGCAGGACACCACUGAGGAUCUGAGAGUCCAGUGCUCCCGUGUGGACCGAGCCUUCAGCCAGCGCUGUGAGGAGCUGAUAGAGGCCAAGACCCAGCUGGAGAUGAAGCUUGCACAGGUCUUGGAGCAGAUUGGGACCCAGGAGAGGAACGUUGUGGCUCUACAGCAGGCCAUCCACAACAAAGAGGCACCGCUGAGAGUAGCUCAGUCCAGACUUUACCUUCGCUCCCUCAGACCCAACAUGGAGCACUGCAGGGAUGAGCCCCAGCUCAGUUUGGAGGGGGAGGUGAGGCAGAUUGAUGCCACUCUGGCAUCUCUGCACCAGCAGCUGAGCGAGGCCAGGGGGUCCCUGUCCCACCUGGAGGAGUCGCGCAUGACCCUCGAAAAGGACAUAAACUGUAAAACCCACUCUCUGUUAAUUGAGAGAGACAAGUGCAUGACUCAUCGUAAACGAUACCCAACCAUCUCAAUGCUGUCAGGAUACUGA